AUGGAUACACCUGCACCUGCACCAGUGGAAGAUGAAAACAUUUCAAAAACCUUGUUUCAAUUUGCCAUGAAGAGAGAAUGGGACAAUGUAGUUGAACUAUGCAAGAAGCAGGAAGGGGCUCUCGACAAGCAGGUGACGAAGUCAGGCGACACUGCAUUACACAUUGCAGUCUCCGAUAGCCGAGAAGGCGUAGUGAAGCAACUUGUGGGUCUAAUUAAGAAAAAAAGUUACCCUUCUGAUUCUCUAAGAAAUACAAAUGACGAAGGGAAUACCGUACUCCAUACAGCAGCAAAACUAGGAAGUGUAACGAUGUGCAAAGACAUUGCCAAAGCAGACGCAACGUUGGUGUUUACCGUUAAUCAGGAAGGGGAAACCCCUCUCUUCUUGGCUGCACACCAUCGCAACAAAGAAGCUUUUAUCUGGCUCUAUAAUUUCGCUUGUCGGGAAGGCGAAAUGACCCAUAUUAGAACGAAAGAUGGCGACACCAUCCUUCACUCUGCCAUUAAUGGAGAGUAUUUCGAUAUAGCAUUCCAUAUAAUUGCCUUGGAUAAAGAUCUUGUCAACGCUCACAAUAAGAAAGGUGAAACCCCUCUUCAUAUUCUCGCAAGAAAGCCGAAUGUCUUCCAGAGCUAUCGCCAUCUGAGAAUGUGGGAGAAAAUCAUAUACAAUUGUACAUUAGUUACUCAGGUUAAGGUGAACCAUCGCCAACAUUCGAAGAAUCCAGAGAACAGAACAGUAAUUCCGGGAAAUGGAAUGGAGCAACGAGAAGGAAAAAAAAUAGAUAUAGAGAGUCAGAAAGGAUCGACCAAUAUAAUAAGAAACAUGAGUGAGAAGAAAGAGAAGCACAUACGGUCUGUUCAGGUCUUGGAUCAACUCCUAGAAGAUGCAGACCUUGAUACGUAUUUGUCCAGCGGAAGGCAUCCCGAGCCCGAGUCAAAUGAUGAGACAACGCCUUAUGUCUCUGAAGUACCACCGGAUCAUGAAGUUUGCAUGCAAGAAAGUCCAUCAACUGCAAAACAGAACACAAGUAAUGGAAAGAGUACUACUGGUGACGAUGAAAGAGGAGACGGCAAAGAAACGAACAAAACUGAUGACAUGGUAACGGAAACACCUAUAUUGGUUGCAGCAAAAAAUGGCAUCACUGAAAUAGUGGAUAAAAUCCUGAAAAAGGUUCCAGUGGCGAUCCAUGACGUGGAUACAGAUAGGAAAAAUAUAGCGCUAUUGGCUGUAGAGAACAGACAACCUGAUGUUUAUAGGCUCCUUCUCAAAAGUAAUAUCUUGAUGAAGGCCAAUGUGUUAGGAUCAGUGGAUAAAGAAGGGAAUAGUGCAUUGCAUCUUGCCGCAAGGCUAGGAGAACGCAAGCCUUGGCAUAUUCCAGGCGCCGCUUUACAAAUGCAAUGGGAAGUCAAGUGGUAUGAGGUACUUACGUGCUCCAAAAUUAUUCUGCACGUCGUGGAUCGCUGCAACAAGUAUGGGAAGACUCCUGAAGACAUUUUCACUAAAACACACAAAGACCUUGUAAAAGAUGGGGGUGAGUGGCUAAACAAUACUUCUCAGUCAUGCUCUGUCGUGGCUGCACUCGUAGCCACCGUUGCCUUUGCCACCUCGGCCACUGUCCCUGGUGGCAUCAAGGACGCAAACGGCACGCCAGUCCUUGAAAGGCAGCCAGCUUUCAAAUUGUUUGCUGUUUCCUCUCUUGUGGCCCUUUGCUUCUCGGUCACGUCUGUAGUCAUGUUCCUUGCAAUAUUAACAUCUCGGCGCCAACCGAAAGAUUUUGGAAGAGAUUUGCCAAUAAAGCUUUUGUUUGGUUUAACAUCGCUGUUUGUAUCCAUUGCUUCCAUUCUGAUAUGCUUCUGUGCUGGGCACUUCUUCAUCCUAAGAGAUGAGCUCAAGCAUGCAGCCCUCCCAGUGUAUGCCGUCACAUGUCUGCCUGUGACGUUCUUUGCCAUGGCACAGUUUCCACUGUAUUUAGAUCUCAUUUGGGUCACUUUUAAGAAGGUGCCACAAAAGAUCAGUGAGCAACUCUUUGGUAUCGGAACAAGUUACAAGGGUGUAUUUGAGAUCCAUUUAUUAAAAAAGAAAAUAAUUUUGAGGCCUCUCAUAUCUGAGUAUACGAUCAUGACAAGUCUAUCAUCAUCGCUGAACACGUAA